AUGGGAGAGUGGGACUUCCUUGGACGUUUACUGGAUAAAGUGCAGACUCACUCUACGGUGGUUGGAAAAAUAUGGCUCACUGUGUUGUUUGUUUUCCGCAUCUUGGUUCUUGGGGCUGGAGCUGAGAAGGUAUGGGGUGAUGAGCAGUCAGACUUUAUCUGCAACACGGAGCAGCCAGGCUGUGAAAAUGUCUGCUACGACCACGCUUUCCCCAUCUCACACGUUCGCUUCUGGGUGUUGCAGAUCAUCUCCGUGUCCACACCAACCCUGGUCUACCUGGGCCAUGUCCUCCAUGUCAUCCACAUGGAGAAGAAGGUCCGAGAGAGCAUGAAGAGGCAGGUCCAGGACGAGCAGCUGAGCCUGCUCCUGAGGAAGGGCUACAAGCUCCCCAAGUACAGCAAAGACAAUGGGAAAGUUAACAUCAGGGGGCGGCUCCUCAAGAGCUAUGUCGUAAGCUUGCUCUGUAAGAUACUUCUGGAGGUGGCCUUCAUUCUGGGACAGUACUAUCUCUACGGUUUCACACUUCAGCCACAGUACAUCUGCAGCCGCUUCCCCUGUCCCCACAAAGUGGACUGCUUCUUGUCCAGGCCCACUGAGAAAAGCAUCUUCAUCUGGUUCAUGUUGAUCGUGGCCUGUGUGUCUUUGCUCCUGAACCUUAUUGAGAUCUUCUAUCUUUGUGUCAAGAAACUCAGUGGAUGUCUUAAGCAGAAGCAGGACUACACUGUAACUCCAGUCACACCAGACCCCGUGCAGAAAGCCUUCAGAGAUAAGGAUGCGAUGAUCCAGAGCUGGAUGAACCGAGAACUGGAGCUCCAGCGGAGAGAGCUUGGCAAAGAUCCGGCCAAAAGCACUGCUUCACAGGACCACAGUGUUAACAUGGAGGAGGUCCAUAUUUGA